AUGUUGAAGAAAAGCGCUUCGGCAUCAAAAGAUCGGCUCACUCCUAGACCACCAACUGCAGAUCCCAUCAAAAGAAGCCUGGAUUUGCCCAUCUUGUCGCCAGUAGUCUCACUCCCCGAAUUCAACGAAGCAGAAGUCGCUGCUGAGAAAUGGGUCGCAAAACAUGCUUUCGAAGAUCCAGAUGGCUCUAUUCUUCUCCCCAGAUCCCUGUCUUAUAUGGUCGAGGGUUACAAGAGGGCUACUGAACUGAUACCUGAAGGUCAUUCUCCCAUAGUUGCCAGAUCACCCACGGAUUGUGCCAGUAUGUUCAUAGUAGCAUUAUCCACGCCAACCACAUCUGUCACGGACUCGAACGGUGUCUUGCUGUCUAAUGCUGACGGUGAAACUACGCCGAUAGAACCACAGUUAUCACCACAACCACAAGCCACCAUUACACCGUUUAUGCAAGCAAAUUCUCAUCUGUUAUCUUCAGAACUCAUGAAGAGUAUUUUGGUACACCUGCAUUUCCUAUAUGAUCAGUCAAUCAAUGUCAAGGACGACGAUUGUCCUCCACCAUGGGAUCAGAUCUAUCCGCACUCGAAAGAUGGCAGUCCGGUCAUUUCUGCUGCUGGAAAGUAUAUAGUAAAGCUGUAUUUUAUGGGGGCUUGGCGUAAAGUCACUAUUGAUGACAAGAUACCGGUGGAUUCGCAAGGAAGGCCAUUACUGAUAUCGAGUCCGGAAAAGACGGAAUUGUGGCCAUUACUGCUGUCUAAAGCAUUGAUAAAAAUUGCUGCGUUGAGCUACAAGAAUGUCGAAAAAUCAUGUGAACACGGUGACUUUGAUGUACUGCAUACCAUCCGUGGCUAUAUACCCGAACGAGUGACUAUUGGAGAACGCAUGUCUGAGAGCUCUUGGUCCCAUCUCGGUUCCGUAAUCAGAGGGCAUGGACAUAUCCCUUCGUCAAACUCGAAUCGUAAAAGCAAGGACUACUUGACAUCGAACGCUGCACUAGCGAAAACAGAACGAUCAUCCAGUAUACAAGGAUCCUCCGCAGCUCGUAGUCAAACUAAUAUCAGACAAUCCGGCAGAGGUCAACCUAUCGUUGUCUUUGCAUACCGUGAUACUCCUCGAAAUGUAACGAGUCUGGUUCGUGUCGUUGAUCUAAAGGAGACGGAUGAAGUUAUACCGGCCACGACGUGUCUUACCCUCGUUGUGCGAGAUUAUAGUACGAAUUGUGGUAAACCAGUGGAAGCUCUCGCCAUGGCAGAAUCUCAGCAUGAUCUGGCAUAUGAGAGUGAUGGGACGCUUACGGACUCUGAUCUCGUCAACAAUGGAUAUAGAUGUUUCUUGUUUUAUCAUGCUCAGAUUUUAUUCAAGCCACCAAAACUUAUCAAUAAUAUUAUCGUCGAUGCUUCAAAGGUUGCGGAUACACCAAGGAUACCUCCUCUACUAUUCGCCCAAGAUCCCUCUCGUGAUACAAACCUGCUGGUCACUUUAUCGACAUUUGGAAGAGUGCAGGCUUCAGGUCUCCCACGACUGCCUGCCAUUACAAUCGAAUCCUAUGACUGGAGGAAGAAGUCCCGACAGGAAUCUUUGUUGAGAUUUACAACAAAUGCUACUAUUGGGACUUUUGUAGUUAUACCUGCCGGAACACAUGCGCUUCGACUGACGGUGGAUUGUAGCAUGUCGUAUCAAGUUUCAUGCUGGUCUCGUGACGAUAUUCUGCUGGACGAUGAAGCCAAGUACUUGACAGAACGGUUGAAUGUUCAAGUUAAAGAUAUCGAUGAGAGCUUUGCAGCUCAACCUGCAAAUUCUUGGUGGUUGCUGUACAAGCAAAUAAUGAUGUUGUCGGCACCCACGUUCCUCGCUGCCGACUUGUAUGUUCCAGAUCCUUUCCAGUCAGGAGCAAGGCUACAUAUCAUUAAUAAUGAUACUGGAGAGGAAGUAGAGCCGUCAUUUGCUCUACAGCCGCGACAGUAUCCUGUGAACAAAGCGGGAUACACCAUUAUCGCCGAAUGCAAAACCGUGGUCGCUAGACCACCUGGUAGAUGGAAAGUGAGACUGGUAUCUGAUCCACCGUUACCUGCUGAUCUCGUCACGUCAUCAUGGACAAAGUUUGUUACGCAAGACUUUGAAGAGCAGCUAAUUCCAAAUCGACAGAAUGUCCUAUUCAGGUAUCUCGUAAAGCUGAAGGAUACACCCGAAAUGAGAAUAGGCUGUCAAUUAUCAUGUACGAAUGCUGCCUUACCGAUUCGAUUGCAGAUUUUAAACAAUGGUUUGGAAAUGGUGUCGGUGGGAGGCAUGAGUGCAGCUACAGUUUUGAACUUCGUCGUAGCUGAUGACUCGACGACAAAGAAUCGUUACAUAAUUCAAGGAUCUGUGGACGUGCUCGGCCUUCUCAAGCAAGGACGAGACUUGGUUUCUGCCGUAGGUGACGUUAGGCCACAAUCUGGUGGCGGUGUAGCAAACGCUUCCAGUAAAACUCCUGGAUCAGGCAAAUCAUCGGCUGCCAAGAAGAGAACGACAUCCACCAUGGAUGAUGCCGCUUCAGUAGUAUCAACAACAGCAGCUCCAACGGCACCAGUAGCAACCACCACCGAAACUCCGGACCUUUGGAAGUUGCGAAUCUUCUUGACAGAGCCUGGCUCUGCGAUAACAUCUAAAGAUACAGAACGAGAAGACCGCCAAAAGGCGAUCAAAGAUGCCUGGGAAGCUGCUCAACCUGGUCGAAGCACUAGAGCAAAAGAGCUUAGAGAGGGGUACUUGAAACAACAAGAUGGCAACAUUCGACCGACGACGCCAGCUGCUGCAGCGGCGGCAAAAGCAGCAGCAGCAGCCGAAUGCUCGCUAACACUGCCACGAGUCUUGAAUAUGAAUGAAGUUGCCAUGAGAGAAGCUGAACGAGAAUAUAAACUUGCUGAAGCCAUUGAAGCAGCAGAAAAGAUACGAGCACAACGAUCUCUGGAUAGAGAACAACGUGCUGGACUGAAACUACAUGUAUUGGAACGUAUAGAACAGAAGGCUCGUGAGGUGGAAAAGUUCAAGGAGGAAGAUUUGGCGAAACGAGAGUCGUAUCGUGAUAAACGGACCAAAGAGGUAGAUGAAUGGAGGACGGCACGCGAAGCUGCUGCUAGAGAACAGGCAGAUCUAUUACGACAACAGCAGGAGGCUCAGAUGUUGUUGGAAGGUGCAAAGGACGAUUCACCUAAAAAGAAGAAUAAGACCAAGAACUAA